CAGAUCUGAGUACUCAGUGCUCUUGCUUUGAGCUCCUCCCUGAUUACUUGCAGAUAUUCAGCACACAGCAGAGCAGGGAGGGGACAGCAGCAAAUCAGAUGCCUUCUGAGUGCAAGAGGACAUGAUGGAGGCUAUGCAUGUUGCAGGAUUAUGCAGCCUUAUGACUCAGUGCAUACUGCUAUUCAUCUUAGGCCAUGCAGAGUCAAGGGGUUUAGUGACACCAGUUCCUGUGACCCCUUGUGAAGCACCAUUGCAGUGGGAGGGCAGAAUAGUAUUGUAUGAUCAUAACACAGGCAAAAACACCAGGGCCACAGUCACUUAUGAUGCCAUCCUGCAGCGCAUCAGGAUAUUGGAGGAGAAAAAGAGUUUUGUUCCUUGCAAAAGGUUUUUUGAAUACAUCUUCCUAUAUCAAGAAGCAGUAAUGUUUCAGAUAGAGCAAGUCACAAAAAUCUGCUCCAAGAACACUUUAACAGAACCUUGGGAUCCUUAUGACAUACCUGAAAAUUCCACCUAUGAGGAUCAGUACUAUAUUGGGGGACCUGGAGAUCAAAUCCCUGUCCAAGAAUGGUCUGACAGAAAACCAGCCAGAAAGUAUGAAACAUGGGUUGGAGUUUACACAGUUAAAGAUUGCUACCCAGUGCAGGAAACCUACACCAAGAAUGACAGCAUGACAACAUCCACUCGUUUUUUUGACAUAAAACUGGGCAUAAGUGAUCCAUCUGUGUUUAACCCACCAAGCACCUGUGAAGCUGCCCAACCACUGUUAAUGAGUGGCGACUGCUGAGCUUGCCAUUUAUGAGGUUACCAACUGAACAUAUACAUUUAGAAGAUUUAUUUUGAUACCUUGGUUAAUGUAUUUAUUUUUAAAAUGUGUUUUGGCUAACAUUAAAAAUUGUGUUUCCCAUAUUAAUCUAAUUUGUUAAUGGAGAACAUCCUCAUCAAUGAUAAGAAGCUUACAGUUCAUUAAUGCUAAAUGUGCAAUUUAAAUAAUAAUAAUACUGCUACUACUUACUACUACUGCUACUAACAAUAAUAAUACUUUGUAUAUAAUAUUAUCUAAUAAUUUAUUAUUACUGUUAGAAAAAAACAAUUGGUCCUGAUUUAGAAAUAUUAUUUGGCAUUUAUUCUCGAAUGAAAAAAUUUCAGGAAUAAAAAUUAACAAGUUGCAUUAAAAAAUAUAGUACAUUG